UUUCAUUUCCGGUGGUGUCAUGGAUGUCAAAACCUGAAGGCCAAACCAUGCAGAAGUUGUAUUUUCCUGCAAAACCAAACAGAAAUUGGACUGUUUUGAAAUAUUUUGUACGUUUCACACAUUGACACCUUAAAAAUGACUACAUCAAGAGAGAAGGCGAAAAGUUCUGUCGUCAAUCUGGUGUCGAGCAUUGAGAAGAAGGGCAUUCGUGUGGUAGCUGUUGAUUUCGAUCAAACAUUGAUUAAAAUUCACUCAGGUGGAGUAUGGAAGGACUCCACGGACAAUCUUGCCAAGCACAUUCGGCCCUGUAUGAAGGACCUGUUGGAAGUUUCACUACAGAGGGAGCUUAUCGUGUGUAUUGUCACCUUCCAUUCUCAGCCCUGGGUCAUUCGUGAACUGCUGAAGAAACUACUGAAAAAGGAUGCAGAAAAAAUAUAUGUACAAGCCAAUACAAUAGAAUUCCGAGAGAGACAUAAUUACGAGUACUUAGGGAAAGAAGCCCACAUCACAGCAGUAUUAACAGAGGUCUACAAUAGACAAAAAGUCAUCAUAAAACCCCAGGAAAUCAUCUUAUUUGAUGAUGAUCAGGACAAUGUGGAGACAGCACUCAAAUUUGGACACUGGGCAUUUCAGAUAAAGGAAGAUGUAUCCUAUAAUACAUUUGAGGAAUACUCACAGAUGUUAGCUAUACAAGAUAAACCCCCAGGGCCGGCAGGGAAAAAGAAGUAAAGAUUCUGAUGUUGUGUGGGAUAUUUAUAUCCAGUAUAUUACAUGUGCUUUAUUGUCCCACCUUUUUAUCCUCAUUUACUGUUACCAUGGUUACAGGUUGUACAUUUUGAGUCAGAUCUGCUGAAUAUGUUACCUCUUCACUGUAUUUUGCUGAAACCAAAACCAUCAGAAAACCACUAUGUUAAUAUAGCAUUGGUUGUUUUUAAGUUUAUGUUUCAAAACCAAUGUCUAAAAAUUAAUGUUGAAAUAUUCUUGUUUUACCAUGAGUAAUCUCCACUUGUUAAUUGUUGUAAUUGUUAUUGAUGUAAAAGUCUGUUAGUUCACUACCGGUGAAGUUUAAAUCUUUCUCUCUCUCUUAAUGUUGAAUUAAAAUUUCUGUCUGGUUUACAUAAAUAUCCUAAUAUAAAAUUACUUCUGUACAAAAAAAUAUCCAUGAUCUGAAACAAGAAAAAAGUGAAAUUAAAAGGAAAGUAAAUUUUCUAUUUUAGAUGUAAUAAUCAAAAAAUAAAAUUAUCAGGAAGUUAUAUAAAUAUUAGAUCACAGCAGUAAAGCAAUGUAUCGAACAUCUAGAGGAGACAUCCUAAUGGUUUAUCUUUUCCGUUUCAAUUUUUUGGAAGGAAGUUUAAGUUAAUUAACACUUGACUUUACAUGUACAUGUAUGUAUGAAUCAGCCUGUUGUCAAUGUACUAUUAUCAUCUCAGGAUUUGAUUAAAGGAAUUUAAGAGUCAAUCUUUGAACAGGAAUUUACCACUCAAGUUUUACAUAUUCCCAACUGAAAACUGACAUAAGUGAAUACUGAAUAACACAAUUAUUAAUACAGAAAACCCUGAUAAUUUGGAGAUUGACAAAUACCAGGAAUAUAUUUCAUUCUGCAACCUAACUGCAGUAUGUCAGAUAAAUAAACACCAGGUGGUAUGUCAGUUAUGUUAGAUAUUUCAGAUAUGUCAAACACCAGGAUUAUCUCUCAUUCUCUACAUUAUAGAUUCCCCAACAUCACAGAUACAUGUACAUGUAUAUUGAACAUUUUUACUUCUCUGACUGUAUUUUGUUAUACAAGCAGGAAUUUCCCACACAUUUUUUUUGUUUUAUACAAAUCUUAAAAAAUAAUCUGAGAUAAAAAUUUUUAAAAAAAAAAUCAUAAUACAGUGUAUUACAAUGUCUGGAAUAUGAUUUUUUCACAUGACAAGUGUUCUUUUUUUAUCUAAACUUAAAUAGAAGCAUUAGAUAUUCAUGUAUUUAAAGUAAAUCAUUCAGAUAUUGAUAUAGAUUUUUUUUUUUUUGAAAACAGAAAAUACUUAAUAGUAUUUUUAUGGUCAAGGGAUUUUACGACUUUUUUAUGCCAAUGUUUUUCUAGUCAACAUAUUUACUGUAAAAAAAACAUCAACAAACUGUUUUCAUUUACAAUACAUUUAUGGGGGUAUCUGUGAACAUGAGUGCAAUAAAGUUCAUUGAUCCAGGAGUUAAUUUUUAAUCAGGUAUAUUAGAAAGGUAGUUGUAGCAUUUCUUCUUCCAAGUAAAAAACUUCAAUCUGUUUUGAACCUAUUUCUUUGCUUCCAAAAUAAAAGAAAUCAACUUGCUCAGCAUAUUCCAGUUCCAAAUUUCUGCAUCACAGAAAAUGUACCCAGACACUGUAACGGAUGGGGGUUAGCUGCAUGUUUUUAAUGUCUCAGAAUUAUUUAUGUUGGUCAUCGAUGUAUAAUUCCAUUAGUCAUUUUGUUUGCAUUUUCACAGAAUUAAGAUAAAGCAAUGAAUCUCACAUACCUGUGUAGUUUUGUACAGGGUGGAUUGAUAUUAAUGAUAUUAUUUUGUGACAACUAAUUAUGUACACAGAUACAUGUACAUGUACAAUACUAUCAGGUUGAGAACCAUAUCAUUACCAGAGAAAUGUUUGUGACAAAAUCAUUCCAAGUCAGAGACAACUCUGAAUCCCGCAAGUCUUGAACAGCGAGCAGUUACCAUGGUUACCAAAUGCUGGUUCCAUUUUGCUGGUUCUUAAUGCUAUUUUAUUUUAUGACGUGACUUUCUUUAGGUCAAAAUUUUUCCUUUUGCUUUCCUUCAUGUACAUUGUAAUAUUUUGUCAAACAUUAUGGUAUUUGGUUUUUAGAGUGUUAUAUUUUCUUUAAGGGAAGCAAAACUAUGUACAUGUAGCAGAGGUGUAUAUCAUUAUGUACUAAGUGUUUUAAUUGCUGAUUAAGUCAGGUACUUACUAUACUGUUGUAACAGAAGGUUGUUUUUUCUCCUUUCAUUGACAUUUCCGUUUAAAAUGUUAAUGUGUUCAUGUAUAGACAUUAUCCGUGAUAAUUUCGUAUUACUAUCUGAAUCAGUCUUUGGUCACAUAUCAGACCUAGAGUUGUCUCUCUUGAAACACAAUGCUAAUGUGAGGGGCAAUAUGAAAAAAGUAGUAUUAAACAGUACUUAAGUUACUUUGAAUAGUGUCUGAAGUUCUGAAAAGUAAUAACAAUAGUCCUGUAAUUAAACAGCUGCAAUCAAAUGACUUUUUUUCAAUGUGCAAAAUUCAAAUGAUACAUGUAUUAAGACUGACUAUGAUAUGUUUAGUAAUACUGAAACAGAUGUAACAUUUAAUGCAUCAAAUAGCUCAAUUUUUCACUGUUGGGAUAUAGUGACAAGUUUUAUAUCAAUCAAAUGAGUGUUUAUGUUCAAUGUGAUGUAAAGUUGUAAUAUUUUUUAUUCCAUAAAUCUGUGUUAUUAUGGUUGUUUAAAAUUAACAUUCAAGAAAAUUCACCUUGACAUAUCAGUAUGUUGUAAGUAACCUUGCUGAUCUGAUAUAAAUAUCUGUUGUAUGCUGAUAACCAUUGUACCACCAUGUUUUGUGUGCCAAACCAUUACUGAUGUUCUGCUACACUCCAAUCACAUGAUCGUCACAUGACUGUCACAUGAUUGUCAUAUCCAUGUUGUAGUGCUAUGUUGCUGAUCUUCUGUAAUAAAGGUCUCAGCUUUU